AUGGCGAAGGGUUUCUUCUUCCUCUCCCUCCUCCUCUCCCUAGCCCUCCUUAUCAAUGCGCGGGUUCCUACCCUUCUGCCGGAGAAACCACAGGAAGAUGGCCAGGAUUCUCUUGUAAACAUUGAGCCCAAGCUUCUCCUCCCGAGCGAGAAGCAGGAGUCGGAGUCCGAGCCGGCGACGCUACCGGCAGAGCCACUGACCCUGCGAGGCCCGAUCCCCACCGAGGAGGACGAUCUCUUUGCCGGAAACCGCCAUCACGUGCACCACGUUUACAUCCGCCGUCCUUUCCUCUUCCGCUUCCCCCGCCGAUUCCACCACCACAAGCACGAACACGAACACGAGCACGAGCGCCACCACGACCACGAGCACCACGACGACCACGACCACGACGACCACGACCACGACGACGAUCACGACGACGACCACGACGACGAUCAUGACGAUGAUCGCUAUAAGCACCACCACCACGAGCACAUGGGCGGUGGUCUUCAUUUCUUCCCUGAGAAGGAGGGAGAGAUCGAGUUCCCGAUCAGAGGGGCGGAGUUCGAGGGCCGCUUCCUGGACGAGAGCCAUCUUCCCGAUUGGUUCCGUGGCCACGAUCAGCCCCAUCACCGCCAUCACCACGACCACCACCACCGGUUUUUUCCCGAUGGGUUCAAAGAGAUGAAACGCAGACACAAGCACAAGCACGAGGAUGAAGACGAUGACGACAAGCCGCGGAAGGGAGGUGUUCUCAAGUGGUUUAGCAAUCUGUUGAAUAUGCCAUAG